AUGUCGCCUUCGUCUCAGAGUCAUGGCUACACGACCAGCCGAGAUGGAAAAGGUCCCCACACUUGGAGCAAACCUUUGCCCGGCAAUGAGGACAAACACAAUAUCCUAACCGUGCCUCCGAGCUCUUUGGGGGGAUCCAUCGGCCACACCUCGCCCGAGGACAAUACAAGCGCUCUAAAGCAGGGAUACUGUUCUCCUCCCACCGAAUGA